AUGGACUGGGACAUCGACAUCUUCAACUUUGACGGAUUUGACGAACGGGAGCUGGACCUCAGCAUACGUUCGAUUCUGCUGGACGAACCGGCGACGAUGCUGCCCGUUGCUGAUCAAACACUGGCUACCGCCUGGCCAUCGGAACUACUGACCCUUCCGACGGAUCCGAGCAGUCCUCUCCAGCUACAGCAGCUUCCGCUUCAGUCGGACCCGUACCGGAAGCCAUCGAGCUGCACGACCAGUACAAUGAUGGACGAUCUGCAGGACAGUGACAACGAUUCGGGCCACGCCAGUGAAGUGAACCAAUCCUUUACCGACACAUCACUGAUCGAGGACGAUACUCUGUUCGGUGACUCGGCCAACGACGGUAGCGACGCGGAGAACGAUGUCCCCUCGGCGCCCUUCGAUGUGGCACCCGGUGCCGUCGGCGAUCCGGAAGCUAGCCCAAGCAGCGCUCAAGUUUGCCAGGUGUGUGGCCAACAGCUCUCGGUCGCCGCCGUCGCAGGACGUCUUCCCAACAGCGUUCGGCGGUGUGAGUCGUGCCGCAAGGAUCACCGUGGUGUGCCACCGCCCUAUAGCUGUCCGCUCUGUGGCAAGCAGCUGGGCUCACGCCUUGGGCUUACGUGUCACCUGCGGGUGCACACCGGCGAAAGGCCGUUCCGGUGUGACGUCUGCUUGCGCACGUUUGGGCUCCGGUCGACGCUGGCCGCCCACCAGAAGCUGCACGGGAAAACGGGAGCGCUGCGGUGUGAAACGUGUGGCCGCGUGUUCACGCAACCGAGCGCCCUGUCCAGCCACCGCCGCACCUGUCCGCACCCGGUACGGCCUCACCGGUGCGGCUUGUGCGGGAAGGAGUUUGUGAGAUUGCACGCCCUUAAGACGCACAUCCGGAGCCACUCGAACGAGCGGCCGUUCGGGUGUGAGCAGUGUGAUAAGACGUUCGCCGAGAAACACGUGCUCGUGCGCCACCGGAAGACGCACAGUGGCGAGCGGCCUUUCGGGUGCGGUGUGUGCGGGAAGACGUUUAAGGAGAAGUAUGACGCCACUCGCCACUCACUCAUCCACAGUGGCCAGCGGCCCCACAAGUGUGCAGUGUGUUCGAAAAGUUUCGUCCAAUCGAAUGCCCUCGCCAAACACCGGAAGUGUCACGAGCGGGGCGGGCUGGCGGUAGUGCGGAAGCAGCUCUGGCGGGAAACCGUCGAUGGGGCCGCCGGCGACGAAGGAGUGCCGCGGGAAGUGCUUGGUCUCCAGUGUUGCUAA